AAAAACCAAAUAAACUUUUGUUUUGUUUUAUAAUUGUUUCGGUCAACAUUAGCUCGUCGACAAAGAUUCAUUUCGAUUCCCAAACCAAACAACAAGAACACAAAAAUUAACUUCGAGAGAGAGAGAAAACAUAAAUGGAUCCGUCGGAGUCUUCCCCCGGCGGCAACCUUUCCGACCAACAGAACCAGAAACGUCAGCUUCAGAUCUCUGGUCCUCGCCCUUCACCUCUCAGCGUCCACAAAGACUCUCACAAGAUCAAGAAACCUCCUAAACACCCUGCUCCUCCUCCGCCUCAUCACCGCGACCAACAACCUCCGCUCCACGCCGCCGCUCGAGAGCCGGUGGUCAUCUACGCCGUCUCUCCGAAAGUCGUCCACACCACAACCUCAGAUUUCAUGAACGUCGUCCAGCGUCUCACCGGCAUCUCCUCCGCCGUUUUCCUCGAAUCAAGUAACGGCGGUGAUGUGUCUCCGGCGGCUAGACUCGCCGCGACGGAGAAUGCUAGCCCGAGAGGAGGAAAGGAACCGGAGACGACGGUGGAAAUCUCGACGGCUAUGGAAGAAGCAGCUGAGUUCAGUGGCUAUGCGCCGGGGAUACUCUCCCCUUCUCCAGCUAUGUUACCGACAGCUUCCGCCGGAAUAUUUUCUCAGCCGGGAUGGUUUUCGCCGGCGGGGUUAAUGAGCCCGUUUGGUUUUGCAAGCUUGGUUGCUUCUCCAACGUUUGCUGAUGUCUGUAGAGAUAUUUGGGGACCUUAGAAUGUAGUUUUUGAUUGUAAAAAGCCUCAAAGGGUUUAAAGAAGAGGUUCGUGUCAUUUGUUAUGUAUACUUAUAACUUUUAGACAAAGUAGAUUUUCUCCUGACCUAUAGAUACUAUAAUAAGGAAGUAGUUCUAAAGUUUCUUUUUAUAGUAAGUAGUAGUUUUUUUUUUCUCAUGUGGCUGUGAUGAUAGAGUUCCAAGUUCCUCCAAUCAAUGUACUACCACAACUGUAAAAACC